AUGGCCGCAACAAAGACACCAACAGCCAAAAGGGAACCCCCCCUUUCAUACAUGGAGCACCUCAGUCCCUCCGUAUCCUACUACAACCCAGCAUCUCAGUACAAAUCCAAUCCCAACAGCGACAAGAACAACGAUAACACCACCACCCCGGCAGCCAGAGGCCACCCGGAACUCAUCCUCGUCCUCAGCUGGAUGGGCGCCCGAGACGUCCACAUAGAAAAGUACAUCGCCCAGCACCGCGCCCUCUUCCCCUCGUCGCCCAUCCUCCUCAUCCGCUCGCCCGCCUCCCACGUCUUCUGGCCCAGCCUCGCCCGCAAGCACAUCCCGCCCGCCAUCCGCAUCCUCAAGGCCCUUGCCGAGCCCGAGGCUGCGGCCACCGCCCCCGGCAGCGGCGCCAGGCCCAGGGUCCUGCUGCACAUUCUCUCCAACGGCGGCGUCAGCACCGCCGCCCGCAUCAGGGAGCUCCUCCGGAAGGAGCUCGGCAGGGACGCUGCCGGCAACAGGCUCGUCAUCCCGCGGUACGCCCUGUGCCUCGACUCCUGCCCGGGCAACUUUGUGUGGCAGAGCACCCACAGGGCUCUCCUGCAGUCGCUGCCGCGCUGGACCUCGCCCCUCGUGCACAUGGUCAUCGCCAUCGCCUGGCUGAUAUACAAGCUCCGCCUCACCCGGCCCGCCCAGAACCUCAACGCCGAGGCCCUUAGGCGGCAAACCCUGCUCCCUAGAGAGACGCAGAGAACGUACCUGUACGGCACGGCGGACGCCGUCAUCAGCUGGCAACACGUCGAGGACCAUGCUAGACGGGCGGAAAGCUCGGGCUUCAAGGUACGCAAGGAGAGGUUUGAGGGUGGAGAGCAUGUAUCACUCAUGAGGAAAGAAAGCCAGCGGUAUUGGCAAGCAGUCAAGGAGACAUGGGAAGGGAAGGGGGCUGAAUUUGAAGCUGUCAAGGCUAGCUAG